AUGUCAGGAAAAACGACGACGACAACAAUAAUGUCAAAAGCGGGAGCAAGCCUACUGCCAACUUAUUAUCAAAAUGCAACAACAAAAAAUCAUAAUCAACAAAAAAAAGAACAUUAUCUAUUAUUAAAACAACAAGAAGAGGAGCAACGAAUAAUAGUGAUAUUUGAUGAUGCAACAUGGAAAACCAAAAAGUAUAAGAUACUUUUAGCAACCCUCGCGAUUUUCUUAGGUUCUCUAUGGUUUGUUUCUCAUUUCAGUGGAGCAGGAUUUGAUAUUCAUUCAUUAAAACAAUAUCAAGACAAUGCCGCUGCAAUGGCUGCCGCUAGUGUUAUGGGUGACGGAGUAGAAGAAGGAAUUCAUGGGUUAGAAGUCCAAUCUCAUGGUUUCUCUGAAACUGAAUUAGAGCAAGAAAUUGAUGAUAUCAUUCAUGAGAAUCCAGUUGUAAUCUUCAGUAAAACGUAUUGUCCAUAUUCCCGUCGUGCAAAACAUAUUCUUGCGCAAUACGGCAUUGACCCACACCCAUAUAUUGUAGAAGUGAAUACAAGAAACGAUUCGGAAGACGUAAAACUAGCGCUAUUUAAAUUCACCUAUCAGGCCACUUUUCCCAAUAUUUUCGUGGACGGGCGAUCAGUCGGUGGCAGUGAAGAAUUAGCAAUCCUACACACUACUGGGAAAUUGAAGGAAUUAUUAAUUGAUGCGGGUGUAUUAGAUGAAGAAUAA